GCUUUGUUUGUAGCCUCCAUGCUAGCGUCACACGGUUAGCCGCCUCGUCUCUUCGCUCUGUGCUGCUGCAGCUGGGACGCUCGCUCCUUCUGCUCGCUUUCUCGGGGGAAAUCAUGGCUCCUGCUCUACUGCUCUUCAACAACAAGUGGAACAUUUAAUUUUUACAUCUUAUAUUUCUAAUGGGCGGCGAUUUAGAGAAGUUUAAUACGAAAUAAUUCACAAAAAGUAGCAACUCCAGUCUUCACCACGAUGCAAAUGACAUUUUACACGUCCAGCAGUGUGACUCUGCUGUUUGAGUUCUGGGAGGUGCAUGGAGUGGCAGGUAUGCUGCUGUCUGUGCUGGUGGUUUUCCUCCUCACAUUGACCUAUGAAACCCUCAAAGUGACCAGGAUCUGGCUGGAUCAUCACUUUAAGUGCACAGCGCCCCCUCCUGCAGGAAACAGAAGUCCUUCACUAGAGGGCUGUCAAUCAGAAUCGUCCCUGACCCCCAUCGCGUCCACACAGCCCCCUCCCCCUGUCAGCACCAAGCACAGUGUGCUCUUCCACGGGGUCCAGGCUGGUCUCCACACUCUGCAGGUGGUUCUGGGAUACAUGCUCAUGCUCUGUGUCAUGUCCUAUAACACAUGGAUUUUCCUGGCUGUGGUCUGCGGCUCAGUGCUGGGAUACUACAUCCUCUUCCCCGUCGCCUCCUCCAUGUCCAACUAUGCGAACACUAUAUGACUAUUCUGGAGAAGGACUGUUUCACACAGAGGGCAUCUCUUUUGGAAACUCAGGACGUACUCGAAAUGGAAAUCUGUGUUUUUGGUGGUAUGUUUGGUGCAAUUUUUAGUAUUGUUAUACUUUAUGCUUAGGUAGGAGUCAUGAACUGGACUUAAUGUUAAAGACGAACUAUGUAACUUUUCUUAUGGAGGGCAUGCAACCUACUUUACUUGUUAAAUGUUAAAGAAUAGGGAUGCACCGAUCUGAUACAGGUACCAAAUAUCGGCACUGAUCCUGAAAAGUUUGCUGGACCAGAUAUCGACUUCUAAAUAUCGGUUCAGCUGAUAUCGUGGUUCAACAUAUAAAUUGAUAAGCAAUAAGACUGUUUACUGGUCAUAGUUACAUACAACAGCUUCAUAACAUAUUUGGAUCUUUUUUUUUCUUAUUUUAUUGUUUUAUGAAGUGCUGUAAAUGUUUUUUCAGUCUCUGCGCUGGUAUCGGUUGAUAUUGGGCAUCGGCAGAUUCUUAAAUCGGUGUUAAAAAAAAGCAGGAUGAGUGCAUCCAUAAAGGAGCACUAUUGUGUUUCUUGCAUUUAUUUAGUCACUGGUGUUUUUCGUCGCUAAAAUGACUCUAUGAAAAACAUACAUUUUUACGUACAGUGGGCUCACAUCUCCACAGAUCUGAACUGUAACGUGUUCUGAUGGCCCCGCUUACUUGUCUCCAUAGAGAUAGACACGUUUUAUGCCAUACUGCGGAAUAUUCUUGGCAAAGCAAUAACUUUACUAUGGAAGCAAGAAGUUGGACCCUCCACUAGAAAAGUUCCGUAGUGAACCUUUAAGUAAUGUAAUGGUCACUGCCAUACAAGCCUGUUUUGUUAAGACUUAAUUUACUUUGUACGUAAACAUUUAGUUAUUAUUAGCAGAUAAUUUGUGUAUCAUGAAGUUAAUGUAAUGCUAACCCAAGUGUGAUUAAUGGUGACUCUAUUUUGCCAUAACUUCAUAAUUCUACUACAAUGUUUUGUGUCACUUCGCCAAGUGUUUUAAACGAUAUCUCCGUUGUGUCAGACGCAUUGACUACUCAUGGUAUCCACAUGGACGCUUAAGGCCCAAAGCUGCAUCUUAAGAAGUUUGAUAAUAGUUACUGAUCUCAUAAAAAAUACAUGUGCCAAAAACGGUUGCAUGUUGAUUAUAUGUUGUAAUUCAAGGUGAAAUGUUGACUUCAUAUACUUGUACAUAUUAUUUAAUUACAUUUUGUCUGGACUUUUUCUCAACACUACAACUAAUAAAAUGAACCUUGGUCUUUAAAGGGCCUGUACCUGAUUUCAAACCACCAUUUUUAACUUUUAGCUCUGACAAAUUAGUCCUUUCUGCCAUUUUGAUAUUACACCGUGACACAGAAACGGUCUGGUGAUGUGUCAUGUGGUUGUUUUUUGUAAUUCCCCAAUUUCUGCUUGGGUUUGUUUUUUGUUUUUGUUUGAUAUUCUUCAAAAUGCACCAUAACAGAGAACUGAGUGUCUGGAAUAGUGUCAGGGAGGUGGUUUCCCAAGCUUCCUUUCACUCAAGAUCUAAUUACAAAGCUAUUUUUUGAAUUUAUAAGAUUAUUAAAAUGAACUCUAAACAGU